CCCACUACCAUCAAAGCACCCUUCCUUGAGCAGUUCACCGAUGACUGGGACCAGCGAUGGAAGCCUUCCCACGCCAAGAAGGACAUGAAGGACACUGGCAAGGAUGAGGAGGAGUGGGCCUAUGUGGGCGAGUGGGCUGUUGAAGAGCCUACUGUCUUCAAGGGCAUGGAGGGUGACAAGGGCCUUGUCGUCAAGAACCCUGCUGCUCACCACGCCAUCUCUGCCAAGUUCCCCGAGAAGAUUGAUCCCAAGGAUCAGACUCUUGUUGUUCAGUACGAGGUGAAGCUCCAGAAUGGCCUGGAGUGCGGUGGUGCCUACAUGAAGCUCCUGCGCGAGAAUGAGGCUCUCCACCAGGACGAGUUCUCCAACACCACCCCCUAUGUGAUCAUGUUUGGCCCUGACAAGUGUGGUCACAACAACAAGGUCCACUUCAUCUUCAACCACAAGAACCCCAAGACUGGCGAGUACGAGGAGAAGCAUGUCAAGUCUCCCAACGCUGCCCGCAUUGUCAAGACCAGCGAGCUCUACACCCUCAUUGUUCACCCCAACAACACCUUCAUCAUCGAGCUCAACGGUGAGCAGGUCAAGACGGGCAGCCUCCUCGAGGACUUUGUUCCCUCUGUCAACCCCCCUGAGGAGAUUGACGAUGCUGAGGACAAGAAGCCUGAGGACUGGGUCGACGAGGCCCGCAUCGCAGACCCCGAGGCUACCAAGCCCGAGGACUGGGACGAGGAUGCCCCCUUCGAGAUUGUGGACGAGGAGGCUGAGAUGCCCGAGGACUGGCUCGUCGAUGAGCCCCUCACCAUCGCCGACCCCGAGGCCCAGAAGCCCGAGGAUUGGGACGAUGAGGAGGACGGUGACUGGAUCGCCCCCACCGUGGCCAACCCCAAGUGUUCUGAGGUCUCGGGCUGUGGCCCCUGGACCAAGCCCAUGAAGAAGAACCCCGACUACAAGGGCAAGUGGACCGCCCCCUUCAUUGACAACCCCGCCUACAAGGGUGUCUGGGCCCCGCGUAAGAUCAAGAACCCCGACUUCUUCAACGAUACCAAGCCCGCCAACUUCGAGCCCAUCGGAGCUAUUGGCUUCGAGAUCUGGACCAUGCAGAGCGACAUCCUGUUUGACAACAUCUACAUUGGACACUCGGUCGAGGACGCCCACAAGCUCGCCGACGAGACCUUCCACCUGAAGCACCCUGUCGAGCAGCUGGCGGAGCUGGCCACGGUCCCCAAGAAGGACGACAAGCCCAAGUCGCCCAACGACCUCAAGUUCCUGGACGACCCCGUCCUGUUCAUCAAGGAGAAGACGGAUCUCUUCCUGACUAUCGCCCAGAGGGACCCCAUCGAGGCCAUCAAGUUCGUCCCUGAGGUCGCUGGCGGUAUUGGUGCCGUCCUUGUCACGGUCAUUGCCGUCAUUGUUGGUGUUGUCAGCAGCCUGGGUGGCUCUGCCGCUCCUGCUGUCAAGAAGGCGGCCGCUGACGCCAAGGACAAGGCGGCUGAGGUCAAGGACAAGGUCGCCGCCGCGGCUUCCUCUGGUGCUGAGGCCGUCAAGGACACCACCACCAAGCGCACCACCCGAAGUCAGUCGUAG